AUGAAAUCAUUUAUAGGUGUUAUUUUAUUAUCUUAUGUAUUUCUAUUAAUCUAUUCAAAAGAUAUUGUUAGUGUUUAUGAUAGUGGUUUUGGUAAUGGUUAUGGUUUUGGUAAUGGUAAUGGUUUUGGUAAUGGUAAUGGUUUUGAUUAUGAACGAUAUGAUACAAAUAAUGAUACAGCUUACAAAGCAGCAAACUUUUGUCUUGGAUAUUAUAAUAAACAAUAUAAUGUAUCAUAUAAACUUACUGAUAUAAAAUUUGCUAUAAAUGAAACACUCGAAUCUAAUUCAAAUAUUAAUUUAAUGUUAAUAGCAAAAAAUAAUAGUAAAGGCGAUUAUGAGUUUCAAGCUAUUUACAAAACUGGUAAUAAUAGUAAACCAGUAUGCAAUAUCGUAAACAAUGGUCCAUUUGAGGACAUUAUACUUCCUUCACAACCUUCAAAUGGCACUAUUGGAACUAUCAAACCGGCUACAACAACCAAAAGACCAACCAGAACAACAACCAAAAAACCAAGCAAAAAAACAACCCAAAAAUCAACCAAAAAACCAUCCCAAAAACCAAACAAAAAACCAAACAAAAAACCAUCCAAAAAGACAACCAAAAAACCGAAAGGAAAAGGUAAAGGUAAAGGAAAAGAAGAUAGUAGUGAUAAUUAUGAUGAUUAUAUUACAAAUAAUGAAACAGCUUACAAAGCAGCAAACUUUUGUCUUGAAUAUUAUAAUAAACAAAAUAAUGAAUCAUAUAUACUUACUAAUGUAACAGUAGCUAUUAAUGAGACACUUGAUUCUAAUUCAGAUAUUAAUUUAAUGUUCAAGGGAAACGAAACAAAUAGUGGAAAAGAACAAGAUUUUCAAGGUAUUUACAAACCUGGAACUAAUGGUGUGCCAAAAUGCGAUGUUGUAGUUCUUGAAAAAUCUAAGGUCGAUAUUGCAACAACUCUUCCACAAGUUUCAACUACCAUUUGUACAACUAUCAAACCGGUUCAAACAACCAAAAAAUUAUCCAAAAAGACAACCAAAAAAGCGAAAGGAAAAGGGAAAGGAAAAGGAAGAAAAAACAAAAAAGGAAAAAAAAAGAAUAAGAAAAAUAAAAAAAAUUCGAAAAAUUAA